ACGUUUAUGUACGUGUUUAUAGUUUUAAACCUAACUAUAGCUGCUUAUUUCAAACUGGUUCGUAUGAUGAAAUUAAGCUAGGGUCGGUGAUUAAUGAGUUUGUAGAUGAUAUAUUGUCAAUUUUAUUGAUAUUUUUGAAGAAAUUUCUGUUGAUUUUUUGUGUAGAAAUUAGCCCCUGGUCGUUGUAGUGAAUUAUAAUUCCAACUAGAUAUCAUUAUCUUGGACUAGGCGUAGAGUAUAUAUGGUUAAAUUGCUAGUGAGGUAUUUGGGGAAAUUGAUUUGGUCGCAGGAGGGUUGCUGUCAAAGCGGAGCAAGCACCUUGUCGUGAAUAUGUAAAAAAGUGUUACCUACAUGUUUAGUAGGUAUCUAGCUGGAUUGGGUACUUGAGUAAAUUACAUUGAAAGGAUUGGACUCGUUAAUUCUGUAGUUUUCCUUCUGUUCUUUAGCGAUCUUGUUUAUAAAUAUUGAGUUUUCCUGAUACCUGCAAUCAGUGGCGAAUCCAGGAAUAUAUUUCAGUGGGCUCCUUAUAUAAAAUAUAUAUGAUAAUAGUUAACAAGAUAUAUGACUGUGAGUCGCCAGUCAGACAUAGAACAUUGCCACCUAAGCUUUAGUCAUGGUUUAACUUGUUCUUGAGAAGAUAUGGCUGAACGGAAAGUCUUAAACAAAUAUUACCCACCGGAUUUUGAUCCGGCAAAGAUACCAAGGAGGAGGCAACCGAAAAAUCAACAGAUUAAGGUACGCAUGAUGCUUCCCAUGAGCAUUAGAUGCAACACCUGUGGAAAUUAUAUCUACAAAGGGACCAAGUUUAAUUCUCGAAAAGAAGACGUUAUUGGCGAGACAUAUCUUGGAAUACAAAUAUUUAGGUUCUAUUUUAAGUGCACCAAGUGUUCUGCCGAGAUCACUAUGAAAACAGAUCCACAAAAUUCUGAUUAUGUGGCAGAGUCAGGUGCAUCUCGAAAUUUUGAGCCCUGGCGUGCGGAAGAUGAGGUAGCAGAUGAAGACAAACGGAGAAGGGAUGCUGAAGAGAUGGGUGAUGCUAUGAAAUCUCUGGAGAAUCGAACUCUUGACUCGAAAAGAGAAAUGGACAUUCUUGCAGCACUGGAUGAGAUGAAGUCUAUGAAGUCCCGACAUGCAACAGUCAGUGUGGAUGCUAUGCUCGAGGCCUUGCAACGCUCAGCUCCAGAAGAGUCACAGGAUGAGGACAAGUUGUUAGAAGAGGAUGAAGCUCUUAUAAAAUCAAUAUUUCAAGGAUCAAGAGAGAUUGUCAAAAGGAUUAACGAUGAAGAUUUAGAAGAUGAUGAAGAUUUAACAGAGUCUACUGUUGAAAAUGGUGAAUCUUCAAAUGGUUCAAAGAGAAGAAAGGUUUCUGAAGAAUUUACUGGUAAUCCUACGGACCACCUAACAAAAAUCAGUACCCUUGAUGUUUCUAAAAGCAAAGCUCCUGAUCGCAGCACUUUCAUUCUGAAGUCUUCCACGGUCAAAGUUUCAGUGAAGAAGAAACCUGUGGCCUCAGAAAAAGAGAACAAGCAGAAAGACAACAUUAAACAUAAUGAAGACAAAGUCAACACUUCAAACAAUGGUUUACUAUCGCUAGGUCAAUAUGACAGCGAUGAUGAAGAUGAUUAAUGGAAGAGCUACAACCAUACUGUCAUUGAAUUGAAUAUGAGCGAUCUUUCAUUCAACAUUUGUAUGUUGUCCGUCUUUUUUCGAGUGACACUAGUCCCUUCUUGCCUCCAGAUUUGCCAAUCCCACCCCCACACACAUGAUCUAAAAUGGAUUUUAAAAAAACUGUGAAAAUGCUUGUUGUGUCUUUGCGCAUUACUUGGAUGCGUAAAUUACAUAUCUAAAAUAUACUGUAAUGUUCUAUUACAAGGAGCCUUGCGAGCAAUUUUUUAAUUGUUAA